CUUUCCCCGCAUCAGACUGCCCACUAUCAGCCGUCUGUUUGUCUGUCUCACAGGUGUGUGUGUGUGAGUGUGUGUGUCUACACGUCCUUUUGUGUCAAAUGCCGAAAACGCCAGAUGAGCAACUAAACGCCCGAUGACUGGAAUAUUUCCCCGGACUGCUAAAACAGACAGGGCUGUUUGUGGGAACAAAAACAAACGGAGCUAACGGUCGUAACGUGUUACCAUGUUAGCAGCAGCAGCAGCAGCAGCAGCAGCAGGACGGCAGGUGCAUCGUCUGAGACGUUAGCCUCAUCUUGUGUGAGCUUCUGAAGCUCUGGGUAAAUCAGUGUUUCAUCUUUGUACGAAGACAACAUAACGUCGCAAGUGCCCGCAUUGUCAACCUCACCCCUCUGACUUCACAGUCUAAAAACUGGCAUGGCCUCGGCCCAGUCAGAACAGUCAAGCGUCCUGCAAGAGGAGCUCACCUGCCCGGUGUGCCUGGACCUGUACCGCGACCCUUACUUGCUUCCUUGUGGCCACAACUUCUGCAAGACCUGCCUGGACCGCCUAAAGCGGCAAGCUGAUAGAGGUCGCUUUCGCUGCCCAGAGUGCCGCGACAGCCACCGGUGUGGCAUCAACUUUCAGAAAAACUUCAAACUAGCCAAUAUUUCUGAUGACUACCGUCACCGGCGCAGAGCUACCACUGCAGCAGCUACAGCUUUAAAAUCCAGAGAACUGCUGUCGUGUUCUCUAGCAGCGCAGCCAGCCAGGAGUGUGUUUGCAGUUCCAUGUGACUACUGCCCCUCAGUCGCUGCCGAGGCGUCGGGCUCCAGUUCUGCUGGGGACGGGUCCUCCUCUGCCUCCGUUUCUCAGGAAGAGGGUGGCAAGCAGGAAGCUGCUGGUGCUGCCGCUGCUGCGUCGAUGUUCGCGGUCAAGACGUGCCUGAAGUGUGAGGUGUCGAUGUGCCAGGAGCAUGUAAAGCCACAUCUGGAGCUGCCGGCGUUCCGCGAGCACCCGCUGACAGAACCGAUGAAUGACUUCUGGAAGAGGAAGUGCCCAGAUCAUGAUGAGAUAUACCGGUAUUACUGCAUGGAUGACAAGGUGUGCGUGUGCAACGCCUGCACCAUAGAAGGAGGACACUCUGGACACACAAUCAAGACCCUGAAAAACACGAUGAAAGAUCUCAAGGGCACACUGGACAAGCAGCUGUACAGGGUUGAAAGGAAGUACAGCAUGGCAGAGAGAAAACUCCAGGAGCAGAAGGAGAAGGAGCGACAGAAUAAGAAGUUUAUGGACGACUCGGAGCAGGGCUUGACCAGGCUGGGUGAGGAGAUGAAGGCCAAAGUGCACCGCUUCGUCACCAGAUUGCGAGAAUGCACACGUACUCACUGUGACACCAACGGGCCGGCGAUUCAGAAGAACAUCUCCAGGAUCUGCCAGGACCAGGCCCGUCUCCAGGAGGUCCGCUGUGGCAUCGAAAGCCUUAUGGCGGAAAACGACCCUUUCCGCUUCAUCGAGGCAUACAAGACAACAGGAAAACAGUGCCGUAGGCAGCUAAGAAAAAACAUGUUCUAUCCAGAAUACGUGGACAUGGAGACGGAGGUUCUUGGAGUGAUGAUGGAAGAAGAAAUGAGAAAGUUCCUUGAUGAGGAACUACCAUGCCACAUUGUUGCUGUCAUUAGUACCGUGUCAGGUCAGCUUUCCGAUCUCGAGGAGGAGGAGCAGGAGGAGAAUGAGGAAGAGACUGUGGAGGAGGAGGAGGACGACGAUGACGACGACGACGACCUCGAUGACAGCAGCGUGGAGGAAAUGAGGAGCGAGGGGGAGGAGGAUGAGGACGAGGAAGAGGAGGAGGAAGGACACGACCGGAGUGAGCUGGCUGAUGAGCUUUACAGCCCGGGGGAGGAGGAGGAGGAGGAGGAGGAGGAAGAGGAAGAAGAGGAUGAAGAGGAAGAGGAUGGAGAAGAGGACGACGAGGAAGAGAGAGGGGUCUAACUGAGGACUUGAUUUGUGUGUGUGUGU